AUGGUGGACAUCUUCCCACUACGCUCAAACCAGCGAGCGGAACUCUUGGCGGCCAAGUUAGGUGUGGAGUUUCUCAGUAAGGCCUACACCAAGGAUCCCACGGACAAAGCUGCAGCUUGGAUUAUCGCGACCGACUCCGAGUACGUUGUCAAGGGUAUGACAGAAUGGUUACCGAAAUGGGAGAGCAACAACUGGCCUACGUCCAACGGUACUAAACCAGCAAAUCUGGAUCUGUUCCUCGCUCUCGAUGACUUGGUGACGACGCAAAAGGCGAAUAAUUUGACGAUUGGGUUCUGGCAUAUCCCAAGGGAGCAUAACAAACUUGCCGAUCGGCUUGCGAAAGCGGCUGCUUUCCACGGCGAUGAGGCUGGGAUGUAG